CUUUUUUUCAGAACAUUUAACUCGUGCUGAUGAAUUUCAAGUUUUGUUAACUAAGACACACUUUCCCUCCAUUGUUUUUACAGUAAACUCGGAGAAAACAAUAAAAAGAAUUUUAUUAAUUUACGACGUGGAAUCUAAAUGAAUUUCUUAAUUUCUUAAAUUCUAACCAACCAAAAGAUAGAUAUAAGUUUGAGCGAUAAAAUGGGAAUUAAAGGUUUUACUUUUUUCAUUGAUAAUAAUAGUGAUUUGUUUUUAAAACAAGUUCAUCUGCAUGAUACUACAAUAAUAAUUGAUGGAAAUAAUCUAAUGUACUUUAUAUAUCGGCGCUAUGGCGUUAGUACUAAAUAUGGAGGAGAUUAUUGUGACUAUAAAGAGGCUAUCGAAAUGUUUUUUGCUGCCCUAAAAGAGUGUAAAGUUACACCUAUAAUUCUAAUGGAUGGAUGUUAUAACAAUGACGAUUCUAAAUUAAGAACGUGUGUAAGGCGUCACGAAGAAAAACUAAAGAUUUGCUGUGCUAGAACUUUCAGCAAAGGAAAAGAGCCUUUCCAAGAAGCAAUUCCUCUACUUAUGGUUCAAGAAUUCAAAGAAAGUCUUAAAAGAAAUGGUAUUCUUAAUUUAGCUAGUAGAUUUGAAGCGGACGACGAUAUUGCUAAAUUGGCGAACUUUCUUGAUUGUCCAGUAUUAUCAAAUGAUAGCGAUUUUUAUGUUUACAAGUUGAAAAAAGGUUUUCUUAUUCUCGAUUAUUUAGAUAUAAAUGUAUCUAAGCAAAAGAAUAGCUAUAAAUAUUUAUCUGCCUGUAUGUACGAAAGUGAUAGCUUAAUUAAAUUCUUCCCGAACUUAGACGCUAAGCUAUUAGCUCUUGGUGGAACAAUGCAUGAAAAUGACUAUAUAACUUAUAGUGACUUGGAGACAAUAUUUAGAACAUAUAGACUUCCUAGAAAUAAUGAUGUUCCCUUUAAUAAAAGGCUACACGGUAAAACUAUUGGAAUAUUUACAUGGCUAAAUGAAAUAGGUAAUUUCGAUGAAGCUUUUAAAAGAAUUUUGGAACCUUUUAGGGCUGAUAAAGAUGUUCUUCGAGAGAAGUUACGUAAAUGUAUUGAUCGUUAUACAGAUACAACAGUUAAUUGUAGUACAACAUUAAAUCUUCAGGAAGAUUUAAAGCAAUUCUGUAAUUGUUGCGAGGUAAAUUCAUACUUAGGAACGAAAAUACCAGAUUGGCUUAUAGACCGUUUAAUGGGUAACAGUUGUGAUGUAAAUGUUGUAAAUGCUCUUAUUUCUCAUCGAAUCUUUCUACCUAUUCAAAUUGAAAAUUUUAAUGAAGAGAGUGCCCAUAAUGUUUCUUUUGAACUGAGGAAAAUUGUAUAUAGUAUACUGUUACAACUUGAAGAUUCUGAGAAGAGAAAGAAAAAGAAAGAUUAUUGUAUUGAAGAAUAUAAUAGAGCGGGAAAAAAUCAAAAAAAAUAUUUUAUUGAAAAAGAAGAUGUUAACUAUGCUAAUCUUGAAAAAAUUGACAAAAUGUCAAUUGGAGAAAGAAAGGAAAUCUUUUUGAAUAUAUUAACUAGUAAAUUUGAUGAGUCAAUGGUAGACGUUAAUUUACUGGCUGUCUUAUAUGCUAUUAUAUAUUGGAUUAGAAAUAGUAACCCAAAAGUAACGGAGCUACAUGUUUACACUGUGCUUGUUUGUCUUAUCAGAUAUUACUAUAUUUCAUUUGAUUUAGAAACAUAUAAUAUUUCUUACGAAAGACUGAAGAAAUAUGAGGAAACUCCAAAAUUUUCCGCAGCUAAUACUUUUCAUGCAGAAAUUGUUCAUUCAUUUGCUCAGUUACAAAGUGUUUAUUUCGUCUCAUCAUGGUUAAACGAUUUGUUAGACAGACCAAUUCAAUUCAUAGAACCUUCAAAGUUUCUUUCGGGUACAUUUUUAUAUAAUCUAUUCUUGGAUUUAACUAGACGUGCCGGUCCAAUAUCAGCUAUAGAACACCUUCUCAUUGUCGACUCUCAACUAUAUCAGAAAUUUCACUACUUGAAAACAAUUAUUCUAUCAUCCGGAGUUGAAUUAAUAGACUAUUCAUCUAAAAAUAAGAAAAAAUCUAAAAAAAGAAGUAAAGGACAAACGAACGAGAAUAAAAGCUUGGAAGAAGAGGAAAGUGAGGCAAGUUCCGAAAACACCGAAAAACAAGAUAACGAUUGCCAUAUUUCUACAGAUUUAUUAAGCAAAAAGAUGGAAAGACAAAACACAAAUACAUCACCAAUGCCACGAUCGCCUUCGAAGCGGCCAAAAUCGUGUGAUAUGCCGGAAAUUAUAAACGCUAGAAGAACAGAGUCUCUUGACGCUCCUGCAAUCUUAAAAUUGGUUCAACCAAACACAGAAUCGUUGUUUGGCAGAGUAAAUGUUGUGAAUUUAAUAGAGAAAGCAUCCCUAGCAGUAACUUUAUGCAAUGAUAAAGAAGAGGUUUUAGGACAUGCCAGUUUUUAUGAUUACCCAAAUUUAGAGGAAGUUACUGUAAAUGGUUGGGAAUCUUGGUUAUGGAAAUACUAUGAAUUAGAAAAAUGCACCGCUCUAAAUACGGUUUAUUUACAUUUUUUCGUCUCAAAAGGAGACUAUUCUCAUGGUUGUGCUGAGGAAAUUAUCAGAACAAUGUUUAAUGCUGUUCCAUCCAUUCAUUAUUGUCUUUUGUGUGUUCCUAUCGGAGUAUUUCCAGAUGCUUCUCUAUCUGAGAUUUUCGAAGAAGUUAAAUUAAGAGACGGUCUUAACAAAGGUCCAGAUAAUUGUGCACUCUUUAUUUGUUAUCGUCAUCAACAUGUGCCAGUGUUACAUAUUCGCAAAGCUAGGGUGGAGGAUCACGAUGAUCUAACUCCAAUUUUUAACCGGCAAACGGAAGUCUUAAAGCACACUUACGGUGAUUUUUUCCUAGCCGAACUUAUAGAAGCCCAAGAUGAUAAGAUGAAAUGUCUUGUUGCCGAAGUUGAAGGAACAGCCGUUGGAUUUUUAAGCGUUAGCGAGGAUGUAAAUGUAAAACUUCUGAACGAAUGUUUCGAAUUAGGACCAUAUUACGGAUUUUGUAAACGUACAGACAAAGACAUUCUUGAAGAAACAGCAGAAAAGACAGCAACUCCCCAACCGGAACCAGAACCAGAGGAAAUUAGAAGAUUGUCUACCACUAGUUCAAAGAAUUCUAAAGUUUUUGGUAAAAAGGACGAAGUAACGGAUGAAGAAAUUAAAAUACGAAGAAAAACCACCGAUGAUCUUUUUGGAGAAGAAGAAGAAGUUCAAAAUGAUCUAGAAUCCGCUAGGUCUGAGGCUAGCGAUCGUCAAUCAAUUAAGGUAAGAAAGAGAUAUAUACACAACAGUGGAAUUGAACAAAAAAGUUUGAAAUUUUAUUAUCCUCCAAAGGCGGAACCAGUUCACGUUCCAAAAACACCUAAACCAGCAUCACUCGAAGCUAACCUAAGGAAGAGAUUUCUUCCAACGUACUACGGAGAAAAUUUAGCCGUCUGCAUUCAACUAUUCUGCAUAGAUGAAAGAUACGAAAUGAGAUCUGGUGAUUUCAUGUACAAAGUAUUCGAAUUCUAUCCAAAUAAGGAAUUCUGCAUAAUAACGGUACCUCAUAUGGUACCAGAAUUUCCGAUGUUACAGCUCUGUUCGAGAGCUAUUCCAAGAUCGGGCAGUAUACUUCCUCAAGAACUUUAUAUAUUUAGUAGAUCGGGAUUACUAAACAAUCUUAAAGUCAGCCAUUGCAUAGCUACUGAUAUACCGAAAAUUCAGAAAUUGGUAGACAAUUUGGCUUUACAAAAUUCUAUGAUGAAAGAUGUUAAACAAUACGUUGAUGCUCAUAGAGAUGCCGAUGGAACUAAAUUAGGAGCAUACAUCGCUACAAUUAACGAUUCAGUUAUAGCUUUAGCUAUAAUAAGGAAUGAGGAGAAUAUCGAAUAUAUUCGAUCUCAUUAUAAUAUUGAAGAUUUUAUCUACUUCAACCAACACGCUAGGAGAGAGCAUGUUCGAAUUCAUCAUUUUGCAUGUAAUCCAGCUUUUAAACAUUUAUCCAAGCAUAUCUUAAAAGAGGUAAUGAGACUAUUUAACGUAACAAGUAGCUAUUACUACAUUUAUCCUCCAUUUUGCGAUGAGGAGAAGCUCAAUUCGUUCUCCCUUGUUGGAAUAAUGUCUGAUUUUGUGCCUGUUCGUGGUAGGAGGCAGAUAGAAUACAAUUUGGACAUUUUGGGUAAGAAUGCGCCUUCUGAAAGAAUUUUAGAGGCCAAAGAACCUUUUGGUCUUUUACAUUUAAAUCGUAAAUUGAUGCUUGAACCAAAAGUUACAAUAAACGCUAGAAUCGUUGUUAUUGGCGCUUCUGAUACUUCAAUAUCAUUCUUGGAAACUCUCCUAUUCUGCCCUCAUUUGAAAUUUAAUAACAUAACCGUAAUAAGCCCUCAUGGAUUACCCGGCGAACUUUCAUCAGAGCAGCUAAGGGAUAGUUUCCUUUCAUCUUCUGGUUGUUAUAGUACGGAUGAUCACUGCAGAAUGUCUUUGAGAAGUUGGUGUAACAUUGUCUAUGGUAAAAUGACGAAAAUUGAUAGAAGGAAGAAGUUAGUUUGGGUAAACGGACAAUUCGCUGUUCCUUAUGAUCAUAUGGUUGUUGGAACUGGAACCCAGUAUCAGGUUCCAGCGCCAAAUGGAGCUCAUGUUGAGAGUUUGGCAACAAGCGAGGAAGCUCAGUUUGAUAAAGAUAGAAGAUGGGAUGGAAUAAUUCCAAGAAAUCUUUUCACAGUCAACGAUUAUUACGAAUCUGCCGUUGCUCUCUAUUGGCUAGAUAAUUUCUUUGUUGGUACCCGAAGCAAUGCUGUCAUUUACGGAUAUUCUCUUGAUUCUCUUACCUGUAUUAGGUCGAUGAUGGAAUUAGGUGUAGAUGGAAAUCGUAUACAUCUUGUAAUUCCUCCGAAGGACGGAACCUCUUCCAUGUGCUUUAAUAAUCCACAGGUCGAAAAUGCAGUAUUUUUCAAUUUAUCCGCUCAAGGGGUGACUGUUCAUAGAGAUUAUAUACUUGCACUUUGGAACGAUACAGUUGAUGAAAUAGAAGAAAUUCAAAAAGUGUCUUUUACUUCCAAUAGAAAGCCACUUGAAUUGGAAGCUGGUGUAUUCUUUUCAUUCCAUCGAAAAGAUGUGGACUACGAAGCUUUCCGUUCAUUAAACGAUGCUUGCCUUGUAUACGAUGGCCGUUUGGUAAUUGACGGAGAAUUUCACACAAACGACUGUACCAUUAGAGCUGCCGGUCCCGUGACAAAAUACCAAAGAGCAUUCCAAGCUGACGAUUUAACGCACGCUGAAUUUAACUCAAAGGAAGUUGGUACUCAACUGGCUCACUCUUUCCUUACGCUUUUUGACCCCACAUUGGAUCCUGAUAGCGAACCAGCCCAAGAUGUCUUAAAGCUUGUUCCAAUGUAUAAACAACCAAGAAUGGAGAGUGCUAUCUUCCCCGGAUAUGUGUAUUAUUUAAGAAUGAGAAAACCUGGUAUUGAAUGUCCAAUAGAAGUUGCGCAAUCUCAAAAGAAUUACGGAAGAGUCUUGACGACUGGUGAAUUGACGGAAAACUAUUGUAGUUUGCAUAUCAAUCAAUACGGUACGAUUGAAACAAUUACGUGUCUAUCAAAAUCUCCACUUUCCACAACAAUGUUGAGUUGUUUGUACGGUUUACACGAACGUCUUUUGAACAAUUUGGUUUCGAGAUUUGAUGAAAAAUUAAUACCAGAUUUAUAUGAAUAUUUCAAAGAAACUUGGGCAGUUUCAAUAUACCAUGAUAGAUUUACAGACCUAAGAGACGAAAUUAGGGAAUUAUUAUCGAAUAGACCAAAAAUAGAUAUUGAAUCUGUAGAGGAAAGAGUACGUAUGUUGAUAAGCGAAGAGGAGGAUGCACUAGGACCAAAACAGAGGAGAUCUCUAUUAAAUGAAAUGGAUAAAAAUGGGACCAAGAAAGCAGUCGAUACACGUCUAUUAUCAUUUUUAACGUAUAACCAUUACCAUCUACCAAUGUAUGCGAGACCCGGAAUGCUCUAA